UUACUUAUGGGGUUUGGCGUCACAAUGCAAGUUUUGGCUGCGUUAACAUUCGUUUACAAAACAACCUUAUCAUCUUGUUCUCGUGAAAAAUAACCCAUAUUAAAGAUAGAGUUUGACCAGGAUAUCAUUUAAAAUAGUAGAAAUGUAAUUACUUGCGUUUACAUUACGUUUGUAAUGUGUAAUUUGAGUCAUACAUAGAGGAACAACAGAAAAAAACGGCGUAAUUUGGGGGAAAGUGGACAAGACGUUGUUGGCAAACCACAGCUGUAGCGCGAAGCGGAGCCGGCGAACCAGCGGAGUACCAGCCCUGGCGUAACAACCGGAGCUCAUUGGAGCGGUCGUGAAGCAUUCUCUUCAAAGAUCUUCUCACUGACUUGAGGAGAGCGUACAUACAUCAUGCCUCUUUUUGGUAAAUCCCAUAAGACUCCGGUGGAGCUCGUCAAGAUCCUCAAAGAGAACAUGGCUGUGCUGGUUAAACAGGAUAAGAAGACAGAAAAGGCAUCUGAGGAGGUGUCCAAGUGUCUGGUGUCCAUGAAAGAGAUUCUAUACGGGAGCAAUGAUAAGGAGCCACACACAGAGACGGUGGCUCAGUUAGCCCAGGAGCUCUACAACGGUGGCCUGCUGAUCACACUAGUGGAGAACCUGCACGUCAUUGACUUUGAGGGAAAGAAGGAUGUAUGUCAGAUCUUUAACAACAUUUUGAGGAGGCAGAUCGGCACCAGGAGCCCCACAGUAGAGUACUUCUGCUCUCAUCAAGAGGUUCUCUUUAUCCUGCUGAAAGGGUACGAGACACCCCAGGUGGCGCUCAACUGUGGGAUCAUGUUGAGAGAGUGCAUCCGCCAUGAGCCGCUUGCCAAAGUGGUUCUGUAUUCAGAUUAUUUCCACAGGUUCUUCAGCUACGUUGAGAUGUCCACCUUCGACAUCGCCUCUGAUGCCUUUGCCACCUUCAAGGAUCUCCUGACGAGGCACAAAGUGCUUGUAGCAGAGUAUCUUGAACAGAAUUAUGAUGCGGUGUUUGCAGACUACGAGAAACUUCUGCUCUCUGAAAACUAUGUCACCAAAAGGCAGUCACUCAAGCUUUUGGGCGAGCUUUUGCUGGACCGACACAACUUCACAGUUAUGACGCUCUAUAUCAGCAAGCCAGAGAAUCUCAAGAUGAUGAUGAACCUGCUUAGGGUUAAGAGUCCCAACAUUCAGUUUGAGGCCUUCCAUGUCUUCAAGGUGUUUGUGGCCAACCCCAACAAGACACAGCCCAUCAUUGACAUCCUGCUCAAGAACCAGGCCAAAUUGAUUGAGUUCUUGAGCGUCUUCCAGAAGGACCGCACGGACGAUGAGCAGUUCAAUGAUGAGAAAACCUACCUAAUCAAACAGAUCAGGGAUCUUAAGAAACCAGCAACCUAGAGAAGCCCCCCUGCCCUCAAGAUCAACUCUGUAUCAGUAGGAACCUGUAGAAACAAAACUAUUUAAAAAAAAAAAUAUAUAUAUAUAUAUAUUUUUUUUUGUUUGCUUUACUAAAAAUGUGUGCAAGAAUAGUUCUCAAUCACUCAUUCACCUUUUGUAAAAAAAAAAAAAAAAAAGAAAAAAAAAAAGAAGAAAAUUUCUCGAUCAUUAGCAUGUAGCAGAGCCACCACAUGAUUGGUUGGCAGCAUCUGAUUAUCUGAUUGAGCAACACCAGCUGUUAAAAUGCCUUUAUUGGCCCCAUGGUUCCUGGAGGGCACACGCACAGCCACUUUUGCCUUUUUAAUUUUUUUUAGGUUUACCGUAUUCUUUUUAAAUGCAAUAUUAGUCACCACUCUAACACUAUGUCACGCAAAUAAAAGUUUGGUUGCCAAGUUGACACCAAACUGUCAAAAUUUCAUGUGCAAAGGAUAGAAGUGUUUACAGUGUUAAAAGCCUGUGGUCACAAUCCUAUAAACGCGCACACAAGUUUGCUCAUCGUGAUCUGUCAAUUUCCAAAUGAAGAGCUUUAAUUGGGUAAUCAGAUUCUUGUUGUGGUACUGCAUAGCACUUUCUGUAUUUUAAAUGGUUGUUUGGGAGAUGGGGUGAGCCAUGGUGGGGGCGGGGGGGUGUCUUUGGGCUAAUCAGAGUUUUUUUAUAUGACGGUGCAGAGACUAAGUGACAAGUUGUCCUUCCUUUUUUGUUUAGGUCUGAUUCAGAUGUUGAGUGGAAGUUUCAUAAGUGGCAUUUUAGUUUGCGGUGUUCUUUUCGACUUUGGGUAAUUGUAUAUUUCAAGGAGCAUCUUAGUUUUGAAGAAAUCUGCUCUGGACAGAAGGUAUUAGGUAGUAAAUGCAGUGUUCCACCAUCAGUUCAGCUCACAACCUUGAUUACAAUAUUAAUGGUAUAUGUGAAAAAUCCAAACGGAAAGAAAAAUGUGCAGAAUCAUGAAGCAUGAAAACUGGUUCAAAGAGGAGAAAUUGCAGCAAACAACACUUAAGCUUUAAUGAAAGUAGUUUAUUUCUGAUUGUUGUCUUGUUCACAUUUGGGAUCAUGCAGCUAACUUCAUCUUAACCGAUGCGGCUUCAUUAUGUACUAUACUGAGAAUUAAUAAAAGGAUGGUAACUCA